AUGACAGACCGACCUCCGACACUCGCUGACUUCAAGGCCCCUUACCCUGAGCCGGGUCCCGACCAGACCUGCUGCAUUAUACUGCUCGAAGAGAAACCAGAUGAAGAGGAAAACUACCGAGUGGAGCUCAUCCCAGGUCGUGUGAUGGAGGAUGGGUUGGCCACGGGUACGGUCUCCGGCGUGGUGAGGGAGGAGGUUAUUCACGGCUGGGGAUAUAGCUACUACGUGGUAGAGAUGGAGCCACUCGUAACCACGCGUAGAUCAAUCCGUUCUUUCCACCGACCGACUCGUUUCGUCCCCGUUCCGACCAAGCACUUCAUUCGUUACAACAGCCAACUACCAGUGGUAGUGUAUCUCCCCCAUAAUACGGAGCUGAGGUAUCGCGUGUGGACACCCAUUGAUAUGCAGAAGGUGGAACCCACAGAACCGGAGGGUCUGCUCAAGAUCGAGGAGAGGGCGGGUUAG